AUGACGGUUCUAAGUCAUCUGAAACGAGUCCAAAGCCACAAUGUCGUGACCCUUCGCCGGUCUCCCCUCGCCGAGAUCUCUGGCGCUCUGGGCGACCUCGGCACUCUCUUGCCCUUGAUGAUUGCACUGGCGUUACAAGGCUCCAUUUACCUGGACAGUACACUAGUGUUUUCCGGCAUCUUCAAUAUCGUGACCGGCGUCGUAUUCGGCAUCCCGCUCCCUGUGCAGCCGAUGAAGGCCAUCGCCGCUGCCGCCAUCUCACGCCCCGAGUACGGUGAGAUUCAAACCGUCAUGGCCGCCGGCCAGUGGGUCAGUCUGGCCGUCCUUGUCAUGAGCCUUACCGGCCUGCUCCGCUGGGUCACUAGGAACGUUCCCGUCCCCGUCGUCAAGGGCAUUCAGCUCGGCGCCGGCCUCUCCCUCGUCAUGGCCGCCGGCUCCGGGCUGUUACGCGAUCUGGAAUGGACGUAUCCCGUCGUCGACAACAGACUCUGGGCUCUGGCCGCCUUCAUCGUGCUCAUCUUCACCCAGAGGCUCCCGCGUUUCCCCUAUGCGCUGUUCGUCUUCGUCCUGUCCCUCGUCUUCGCCUCCGUCGCCGCCGUGACGGGACAACAUGACAACAUCCACAUCCUCCGCGUGCACGACCCCUGGGAGCCUCACGGGCUCCACUGGAACCUCAACUGGUUCACGUACAAGCCGCUGUCCAUGGCCAUCGGUCAGCUCCCGCUCACCACCCUCAACUCCGUCAUCGCUGUCAGCGCCCUCGCCGCCGACCUGCUGCCAGAUAUGCCCACACCAUCGGUGACCGCCGUGGGUACGAGCGUCGGCCUCAUGAACCUCGUCGGCACGUGGUGGGGUGCCAUGCCCGUGUGCCACGGCUCCGGUGGGCUCGCGGCGCAGUACCGUUUUGGGGCGCGCAGCGGCGCGAGCAUCAUCAUGUUAGGCCUGCUCAAGCUCAUCCUGGGCGUCGUCUUCGGCAACUCCCUCAUCGACCUGCUAAAGCACUACCCCAAGAGCCUUCUGGGCGUUAUGGUCAUCGCCGCGGGCCUGGAGCUGGCCAAGGUCGGCCACAGUCUGAACCACGGCGCCUCGGACCUCUGGGAGAGCUCCGCAGGUAACGGGGGCGGCGGCGGAGGAGGCAUCACGAGGAAGCAUCGCACGCUGUCGGACGACGAGAGGACCGAGAGGUGGACGGUCAUGCUGAUGACUACGGCGGGCAUUCUCGCGUUCCGGAAUGACGCCAUUGGCUUCGUCGCGGGCAUGUUGUGUUUCUGGGCGUACCGGCUCUCGGACAGGACGCAGAAGUGGUGGGAGGGCAGGAGAUCUCUUACUGGCGGCGAGACUGCGCCGCUCCUGAGAUGA